AUGGUGCAAAAUUGCCGCUCAAUGUUGCUGCUGGUCUGCAUCACUUUUUUGGUGAUCGUUUCAUCUCCGCAAAAUGAAGUUCAAGCAGACAAGCUUAUCGGCAGCUGUGUAUGGGGCGCUGUUAACUACACGUCUAACUGCAACGCUGAGUGCAAAAGACGUGGGUACAGAGGAGGACAUUGUGGAAGUUUUGCUAAUGUCAACUGUUGGUGCGAAACA